AUGAGGACGUCGAUCGUGAUUGCCGCGGUGGUGCUGGCCAUCUGCGCGUCCACCGUCCUUGUUGAGGCUAAGGACAAGAAGAAGGCCGAGGUCACGCACAAGGUCUUUUUCGACAUUGAGAUUGAUGGGAAACCUGCUGGCCGGAUCGUGAUGGGCCUCUUCGGCGACAUCGUUCCCAAGACGGUGGAGAACUUCCGCGCGCUGUGCACCGGCGAGAAGGGCACGGGCAAGAGCGGCAAGCCCCUGCACUUCAAGGGCUCCGUGUUCCACCGCAUCAUCCCCCAGUUCAUGAUCCAGGGCGGCGACUUCACCCGCGGCGACGGCACCGGCGGCGAGUCCAUCUACGGCGAGAAGUUUGCGGACGAGAACUUCAAGCUCAAGCACAAGGCGCCCGGGUACCUCUCGAUGGCCAACGCCGGCCCCAACACCAACGGCUCUCAGUUCUUCAUCACCACUGUCAAGACUGCCUGGCUGGACGGCCGCCACGUCGUGUUUGGCAAGGUCAUCGAGGGCAUGGACGUCGUGCUCAAGGUGGAGGCGAUCGGCAGCGGCAGCGGCACGCCUUCCAAGAAGGUCACCAUCGCCGACAGCGGCGAGAUCAAGGAGGCGUCGUGA